AUGACCACCACCGCAGAACUAGAGGAAGACUUCCUGUUUGACCGACAACUCAUUCCUGAUUCUAUCAAAGAAGCACUCGGCUCUGAUUAUAUCAUCCGCCCACUUUCGAAGACAGACCAUGGUCGUUCUCACCUAGCCCUGCUGGCAGGUUUGACUUCCGCUCCUGACACUGGACUAGCGGAUUAUCAAAAGCGUUUUGAGCUACUUCGUUCGAUCAACGCUGCCACCCCAGCUACUCCGACUUACGCAACUGUUUGUAUCAUCAACUGCUCUACCGAUCGGAUGGUUGGUUGUGGUACUCUAGUGCUAGAGCAUAAAUUUAUUCGAGCCGGUGGAAGUGUCGGACAUAUUGAAGAUAUUGUCGUUGAUCCUACGGUGCGAGGCAAAAGUCUCGGUAAACGUAUUAUCGAAGCCUUGACGGGCAUCAGCGAAAGGCUAGGAGCUUAUAAAACUAUCCUGGACUGUAACAAAGACAAUAUCGCGUUUUACGAGAAAUGCGGUUAUGUACACAAGGAAUAUGAGAUGGUUCGAUAUACGUCACCAGAGAUUGUGGAGAAGUACAAACGAAAGUCAUGA